CUCUAUUUUAUUUUCCAAAACCAGCUAAAACGGAUCUUGACCUCGAGAACUGAUCUUUUUGGUUUCAUGUAAACAAACAGACAAACAGACAAAGCCAGGAAGCAGACGAGAAAUUCCCAAGCCAAAGCAAAAUUAGGAUUGAAAAAGAAAAGAGAAAGGAAAAGAAAAGAAUCAUGGCAGAAAUAACCUUACUCAAUUACUAUCUUUUUGAACGCUUCAAGUGUAAACAUUCUUGUUUUAUAUCCAAGCUUGCUUUCUUUUCCAUUCCUUUAAAUUCUGAGUCGAGUUUCGUUUUCGUCGCAGUUUUUCUUAAUUAGUUUACUUUUCUUUUUGAAUUAAGCUAUACUUUCGACUCAAAUUUCUCUCGCUUCAAUCUUUUCUUUCUUUCUUGCUUUCUUUGUUUACUUGUGAAAUAUCGUCGAUUUUCCUAUCAGAACACAAUACGUAAGUAGCCUUUAUUCAUAGUGGCGGCUCGUACUUUAGAUAAAGGCACCUUUAACGAUAAGAAAAGAACCAAGGGACUCUCUCUCUGACUAGAGCCAAAUAGUUGUCUUCAGACAAAAGUUGAUAUUCCAAUUUAAAAAGACACAGUAAAGUGUACACGCUUAAUUUUAGUUGUAGAAGAGUUGAUUCAUUGUCUUACUAGCUUUAACCUUUUUCUGGUUUAUAAUUUUAAUUUUUCAUUUUUCAUCCAAUUUCUAUUGUUUUUCUCCUUUCGGCUUAUAACGAUUUCCUUUGAUUUUCGUUUCUUCUCUUACUUCUGUUUCGCUAGUCUUUUUGGAGUUGUUUUUUUAUAAUGUCAGAACAGAAUCCUCCAGGUACAUAUCCCAACAAGGCAGCCGCUACAACGCUUGCCGUCAUUGGCACCGUUUGCUGGUGUGUCCAAUUAAUUCCCCAAGUCAUCAAAAAUUAUCGUGGAAAAUCCACCGCUGGUCUUGAUACUUUGUUCAUUUUUAGCUGGGUGAUCGCCUCAAUUCCUCUUGCUGUUUAUAACCUGGUCCAAGACCUUAACAUCGCUCUUAAAAUUCAGCCUGAACUCUUUCAACUACUAUCUUUGGUCACCUUUUUCCAAUGUCUACUAUACGGUGAAGGUUGGUCGGCCCGAAAAUCUCUUCUCGUCGUUGGCCUAUUUGGUGCUCUUUCUGCCGGUUUGCAGGCCAUGCUCAUUCUUACCGUCCAACUGGGCAUUCGUCGUCAUGUCGAAUGGCCUGUCACGUUAAUGGGCGUUUUAUCCACAAUCCUUGUCAACAUUGGCUUUCUUCCUCAAUAUAUCCAAAUUUUCCGCAUGAAAGCUGUCCAGGGAAUUUCAUAUAUCUUUUUGACCAUUGAUUCUAUCGGUGCUCUCUUUUCUUUCAUUUCAUUACCGUUUGAUCGAUGGGAUGUGCUUGCUGCCAUCGAUUAUGGUCUCGUCUUCGUUUUAGAGAUGGGUCUCUUUGCCUUGGUCUUAAUCUUUAAUGUUUUGCUUCGAAAGAAACCUGAAACCUACAGUGAAAAUGAAGACGCUCAAACUGGAGACGAUGAAGAAGAAGAGUCAAAGCCGACAAUUCUUAUUCGAAAUCCUAGCUCCAAAUCUGGUUACACCGUCAAUCCCGAAGAAAAAUCAAUUUAUAUUCCUUAAAUAACCUUUUUAUGUUCAGCUUACGGGGUAAUUACAAGUCCAUGAUCCUCUCGACUUGCUCAUUCGCUAUAUUCCGUUAUUCGUGAUCAGAACCAUGACAAGACUGAUCUAUGUCUUUGUGAAUUCUGAUUCCUUUUAAUUAUUAUUCCCCUUUCGCUUUUGAAUUUCGUUUUAUUUAUUGUCUUUUGAGUUUAUUUACUAUGUAUUAAGGCUUUUAUCGGUGGCUAAAUAAAAGUAUUUUAUGGUACUAAUUCAGCAAAGUGAAAUGUAGCUUUUCGAUUAGAAUUUAGGAUUUGCUUUUCAUUUUAUGUACGAGUGACUUUUUAUACUAAUGAUUGCUUAAGUCGAUCUUCAAUCAAAGACCAGUUG